CAUUGCCAGACCGUUUUAUUUUUAUUUUCUAUCGAUACCGAUUGUAUUUGUUUACUUCUUUCAACGCACGUGCACUUGCUUAAAACAAUUUAAAUUCUUUAAUUAUUUAUUGCACUGACGCCGCAUUUGACGAUUUCACAAUGCCGUUCGUUGCCCAGGAGGGCAAUUGCCUGAUUUAUCGCGGCAGCAACUUCCUUAAGCAGCGUUUGAUUCUCUCUUGUUUGUCCGGAAAGCCUGUGAAGAUCAACCAAAUCCGAGCGGAGGACGAGUCGGCGCCGGGCCUAAGGGAAUACGAGAUAAGUCUGAUUCGAUUGCUGGACAAAAUAACCAAUGGCACCAAGAUCGAACUGAAUCCGGCGGGCACAAGUGUUAUGUUCUCGCCGGGAUUGCUGCACGGCGGCUCCAUUACCCACGAGUGCUGUGUGCAGCGCGGCAUUGGGUAUUAUUUGGAUGCAUUGAUUGCUCUGGGCCCAUUCUGCAAGAAUCCGCUCCACUGCAACCUGCGCGGUGUGACCAACAGCAAGGACUCACCUUCGGUGGACCACAUCAAGGGCGCCGCAUUGUCGUUGCUUAAACGCUUCCUGGUGGUCGACGAGGGCCUGGAACUGAAGGUGGUGCGUCGCGGUGCCGCUCCCCUUGGUGGCGGUGAGAUCACCUUCCGGUGUCCAGUGCGCAAGAGUCUGCGGGCCAUUCAAUUCCAGUCGCAGGGCAUGGUGAAACGCAUCCGGGGCACCGUUUACGCCUGCAAAGUGUCACCCGCGAUGGCUAAUCGCACCGUGGAGUCGGCCAAGGGCUGUAUGCUUAAAUUCCUGCCGGAUGUUUACAUUUAUAGCGAUCAGAACAAGGGCAAAAUGUCGGGUAAUUCGCCAGGCUUUGGCAUUUGUCUGGUGGCAGAGACUACGGACGGCGUGUGCUAUGCCGCCGACAGCUGUUCUAACACAAGGGAGGAGUCUGAAACACCUUCCAUACCCGAGGAUCUGGGCCGUGAGGUGGCCAUGCGUUUGCUGGAUGAGAUUUAUCGCGGCGGCUGCGUUGACUCUAGCUACCAAUGGCUGGCAGCGCUUUACAUAGCUUUGGGACAAAAGCAUGUCUCUAAAUUUCUUACAGGGGCUCUUUCCACUUACACCGUACACUUUUUGCAACAUCUGCGCGACUUCUUCUCCAUCACCUUCAAGCUGGAGAAUCCCGAGGCGGAGGAUGAUGAGGAGGAGGAUGUGCGUGGGGCCCAGAAAGUCCUAAUGGCUUGCGUGGGCAUUGGCUAUACGAACAUCAACAAACGUGUUAUUUAAAACGUUUCCUAGGCUAAUAAUCAAUGUUUUUUUUUGUA